AUGGUCUCCUCAUUGAUCCCCCCAAAGGUAGGGAAGCAACUCAAAUGACAUUUGUAUGGCAUAUCAGCAGCUGACACAGGACACGCAGGUUGCUUCGCCAAACGUACGUAUCCGCCCGACCUCGAACUCCUUCGGCUACACAUCUUGAUACCGUACAACGGGCUACCGCACAGAAGGAGCUUGCAUAAUGUGUGGAGGAUUAUUCAAUACGAACAGGAGGCUGACUGUGAGGCAAUAGGCCAUUGGCGGCGCAGCGGAUGCCGCGCGCAUGCAGAACGUUGUCGGAUUCUACGAGAAGCUCCCUCGCGGCGCCGCCCCAGAACCAAAGCCUCGAGGUUUCUUCCAGUGGUACCAAUUCAGGUACAUGGGCAAGAACCCCAGCCCAAUGCGUACGUACAUUCUGGCCCCGUCGAAGGCGAGCAAAGCAGAAGGGAUUACGGGAGAGACAUAAAAGCAUGACUGACUGUUGGACAGCAAUCGUCCACGUCGUCGGUGGCCUGCUGCUUCUUGGAUACGCACAGAACUACUACUUCCAUCUCCGUGAGUCCCUGACCUAGCAAAUUCCAGGAUGCAUGGCUAAUCGGAGGCAGGUCACCACAAGAACAAUGCUCACUAG